ACGAACAGGUUUUCGUCUGUACUCGCUGUAUAUUAAAAUCAAUGAAUACGGCACGGCUGUUGAUCGCGGAUGUUAAAUAAAAAAUAUAAAUAUAAUAUUCGGCAUAUUGUUUAUAAGCAGCCUCAGAAAUGAAACUGUGAUUUUUAACUAUACACUAAAGUUUAUAACAUAAAGCUAAACAGUAUUUUGUGUUAAUUUAAUUUAAUCUCAUCACACAAAUCAGUACUAUUCGAAUUUCAACAUACGCACACACAUAUGUAUGCGUGUUAAAGAUGGAUAGCUUGCUGGGUUUAAAAUGAGCAUGCAAAUAAGUUAAGAGUGUGAGAAAAUCCCCUUAAAGAUCGAGACAUCGAACAACACACCCUGAUAGUUAGUUCAAGUUAUUUCUGUGUCAUCUUGCGAUCUAUAGAGGCCAUGUGGUAUAAAAAUGAAAAUACGUAUCGAAUCUGAAUACUUUGCAGCUACAUUCCAAAGUAUUUUCAACUGGAAUGAUAUUAAAAUAGCAACGAAUAAAGCCAACGUACAAAAAAAUAACUUUUUCGAAUAUAACGAGAACGGAAAGAAGUUACGCGGUAGUUGGAGGCAAAAUAUUUUUUAUGUCAAAUACAGCUACAGUGUAUUACCUUUUUGCGAUGUUUGUUAUUGCUAUCACAAUGAUGCGAAGCGAAUUCGAAAAGAAGCGAAAGGAUCGGUACAACGUCGGCGCUUAUAUUCAAUAUUGCAAAAAUUAACGCAAUUUUGUUUUGUGUUUAUUUUGUUGUUACCAUUGUUACUCACCUGUAAUACAUUAAUACAGGAAGCUACUGGCGAAGAUGUUAAGCCAAUCCCAACUAUUUCAUCAGAAUCAAGGUUAUUUUGGGCCAGCUCCACCUAUAUGCACUAUGGACAGAAAGGGCCAAAAGCAAAAAGCAAUUGCCAAAAUAAAUGGAAUUUCAAACUAAUGUUCAACAACUACACAAACCAUAAUAACUAUAAUAAAAAUGAUAACCAAAAUGAUAUCAUGAAUAGCCAUAGCCAUAGCAUAACAAAAGGCAUCAGCCUCAUUUAUCCAUCUAAUCACAGCUUAAAUGAAUAUAGUCUGAUAAUAACUCUAAGUCAAUUGUAUAGUAAAAACAAAGCAAACCUACAUUCAAAAGCGCACACCAUAUUACACGGGACAAAGCCAAGUUCCGGUACCGACUCCGGUUCCGGUUCCAAUAAUAUACGCCCUAAACGAAGUAUUGAUUCAACUCCACAUAAGUCGCAACCACCUAAAACUAAACGCAAACAUGAAACUGGCAGUCAAAAAUUAGAUGUGUUUGAGAAGCACAAAAAAUAUCAUCAAACACAUAAUAGAAUUAUAAAUACACAGAAGGUAACGGAACUAAUUAUGAACGGACUUGGAUUAAAGAAAUUGCCAGACAUGAAAAAGGCAAACAUUAGCCAAUUAGAAUAUUCAAGCAAAUACUUACAAUAUUUAGAGCGUGUAAGAAAUAAUCGGGGAGUUGGAAGCGGCAAGGACGGCAACCCUUAUUCUUCAGGCGGAGAUCCACCCUCAACAACACUUCGUAUUUUAACCAUUGUAACAAAUAGUUUUAGCGAUAUAACAGAAAAUCGAUUCGGCCGUCAACGUGAACGUCGGACACCAAGAGGAACGAAAAGAGGGAACCGAGAAUCCAAAAAAUCUUUUAGCGAUAAGACAAAUAUUCUCUUACAUUUUCCAUUAGCCAUUAACGAAGCUGAUAAAUUUCACUACAAGAAACUAGAUGAGGCAAAUGUGAGGCUAAUGAUGUUGUACAAUCCAGCAUUGGCAGCACAAUCACAUCGUCAUAGAACACGAAUAGAGCAAGGAGUUAAAAAAAAAUAUAAUAAUUCGAUGAAUCACAAAGGGAAUUGCAGUACGGAUAGCACAAUUCCCGCAAAUCACCAACAAAUUCGUAGACCCAAAAAUCGUAGUCACAUAUUAAAACUGAGCGUUUAUCAGUUGCUUCCAAUGCAGAAACGCAAGCAGUUGGAUGCACGUCAAAUCGAGUUUGAGAAUUCAAUGGGUGAUGAUGAAACCCGCAGCCAGUGGCUGGAAUUCGAUGUAACCGAUGCGGUGCGUGGAUGGUUAAACAAAAGCCGCGAGAACCUUGGCAUAGAGAUUCAAUGUGAUAAAUGUCGCCGCAUUGGCGCUCGCAUACUCAGCGGUGUUUCCAGCUCACGAUUAGAUCAGAAAAAUGAUGAGGAUGAUGAUCGAUUUCACCUGUCACCAGUUUUGAAUAUUAUUGGGCACAUAGGUCGUACCCAUCGUGAAAAGGGUAUACAAUCGUUUAAUCACAGCAAUUAUCAUCAUCGUAAUCCAAAUAAGUCUAAAAUGUGGCCCAAUAGCUGCUACAAACCGCAUCAACGUUGCUGCCGUCAUCAAUUGAAUGUGGCCUUUAAGGACAUUAAAGGAUUCGAGUUUAUUAUACAGCCAAAAAUUUUCGAUGCUGGUUAUUGCCUUGGUCGUUGUCCUCCCAGACACAAUCCCGCCCAUCACCACGCAUUACUCCAAAGCCUCAUAUGGCAACAGGAUCAUAAUCGUGUACCCCGACCUUGUUGUGCCCCAUCGAAGCUCACGGAACUGGAGAUAUUGCACGUGGAUGAGGAGCACAGUGAUAAACUUAAGAUAUCAACAUGGAGCAAUAUGCAAGUUUCCGAGUGCGCAUGCUCAUAAAACAAUUGUUAACAUUUUAGAUGAGGAGCACAGUGAUAAGCUUAAGAUAUCAACAUGGAGCAAUAGGCACGUUUCCGAAUUCGCAU